AUGUUUGUUACUACUACUACUACUACUACUACUACUACUACUACUACUACUACUACUACUACUACUACUACUACUACUACUACUACUACUACUACUACUACUACUACUACUACUACUACUACUACUACUACUACUACUACUACUACUACUACUACUACUACUACUACUACUACUACUACUACUACUACUACUACUACUACUACUACUACUACUACUACUACUACUACUACUACUACUACUACUACUACUACUACUACUACUACUACUACUACUACUACUACUACUACUACUACUACUACUACUACUACUACUACUACUACUACUACUACUACUACUACUACUACUACUACUACUACUACUACUACUACUACUACUACUACUACUACUACUACUACUACUACUACUACUACUACUACUACUACUACUACUACUACUACUACUACUACUACUACUACUACUACUACUACUACUACUACUACUACUACUACUACUACUACUACUACUACUACUACUACUACUACUACUACUACUACUACUACUACUACUACUACUACUACUACUACUACUACUACUACUACUACUACUACUACUACUACUACUACUACUACUACUACUACUACUACUACUACUACUACUACUACUACUACUACUACUACUACUACUACUACUACUACUACUACUACUACUACUACUACUACUACUACUACUACUACUACUACUACUACUACUACUACUACUACUACUACUACUACUACUACUACUACUACUACUACUACUACUACUACUACUACUACUACUACUACUACUACUACUACUACUACUACUACUACUACUACUACUACUACUACUACUACUACUACUACUACUACUACUACUACUACUACUACUACUACUACUACUACUACUACUACUACUACUACUACUACUACUACUACUACUACUACUACUACUACUACUACUACUACUACUACUACUACUACUACUACUACUACUACUACUACUACUACUACUACUACUACUACUACUACUACUACUACUACUACUACUACUACUACUACUACUACUACUACUACUACUACUACUACUACUACUACUACUACUACUACUACUACUACUACUACUACUACUACUACUACUACUACUACUACUACUACUACUACUACUACUACUACUACUACUACUACUACUACUACUACUACUACUACUACUACUACUACUACUACUACUACUACUACUACUACUACUACUACUACUACUACUACUACUACUACUACUACUACUACUACUACUACUACUACUACUACUACUACUACUACUACUACUACUACUACUACUACUACUACUACUACUACUACUACUACUACUACUACUACUACUACUACUACUACUACUACUACUACUACUACUACUACUACUACUACAUUUAAUAACUUUGUCAAUUAA